UCACACACAAUUCUAAUUUUGUUAACUAAACUAACUUCCUUUGUUUUCAUCAUAGUUUCAACUUAUGGAGUGUGUCUCUAACAAACAUUUUUAUGUUCUUAUGCUUUGUCUUGUGUUUCUUAAUCCACUUGUGUGCUCUCAACUUUAUUACAACUUCUAUUUCAAAACUUGUCCAAACCUAAAUAGAAUUGUUAAAGACAAUGUUUUGUCAGCCAUAGCCAAUGACUCAAGGAUUGCAGCUUCUCUCCUUCGCCUUCAUUUCCAUGAUUGUUUUGUUAAUGGGUGUGAUGGAUCUGUGCUACUGGAUGAUACAGACACAUUAAAAGGGGAGAAAAAUGCAUUGCCUAAUAAAAAAUCAUUAAGAGGAUUUGAUGUAAUUGAUAAAAUAAAGUUUGAUUUAGAGGGUGUUUGUCCAUCUAUAGUGUCAUGUGCUGAUAUACUUGCUCUAGCAGCCAGAGAAGCUGUGUAUCUAAGCAGGGGGCCAUUUUGGUUUGUACCUCUUGGUCGUAGAGAUGGCACAACAGCAAGUGAGAGUGAGGCAAAUAACUUGCCAGCACCUUUUGAUACUUUAGAAAAAAUUACUGCUAAGUUUAUUUCCAAGGGUCUUGAAAAGAAGGAUGUAGCAGUUCUCUCAGGUGCACACACCUUUGGCUUCGCUCAAUGUGCUACAUUCAAAACAAGGCUAUUCAACUUUAAUGCCUCUUUCAAAUCUGAUCCAUCACUUGAUUCAUCCCUUCUACAAAAUUUGCAAAAUUUAUGUCCAAAUCAAGCUAAUUCUGACACCAAUUUAGCACCCUUGGAUCAUGUCACUACAAACAUAUUUGAUAACACAUAUUACAAAAAUGUUUUAAGCAAUUCUGCGUUACUUCAAUCAGACCAAGCUCUUUUGGAUGACAAUACAAUUGCUUCAUUGGUUACCAACUAUAGCAAGUGCCCUUUUGAGUUUUUCAAAGACUUUGGGGUUUCUAUUGAGAAAAUGGGUCGCAUUGGUGUUCUUACAGGACAACAGGGUCAAAUAAGGAAAAAUUGUAGGGUUGUUAACUAGAUAUAUGAGAAGAUUUUUCUCCCUACUCCCCGUGUUUCUUUUCUGCCCAUAUUUUUUCCAUUUU